AUGAAAGUUUUCGAGCUGAUAAGAGGGCUGAUCAUCCUCGCCUCUGUGUUUUCAGCCUGUUUCGGACAAAAUCCAAUGACUGUACUGUGCUCCACAGACUGGUUCAUGGUCACGGUACACCCCUUCAUGUUGAACAACGACGUAUAUGUGCAUUUCCAUGAGCUACACUUGGGCCUGGGUUGCCCUGCCAACCAUGUUCAGCCAUAUGCCUACCAAUUCACCUACCGUGUGACAGAAUGUGGUAUCAGGGCCAAGGCUAUCUCUCAGGACACAGUUCUCUACAGCACCGAGAUAUACUACACUUCCAAGCGUACCUCAUCUAAGUAUGUGAUUCCAGUGUCAUGCACUGCCCCGAUAUGUUCCCCAUGGCUCACAAUGGCCUGCUCCAGGAACUUGACCCCCAAUGAAGGGAUCACAACCCAAAAUGGCGAGACAUGCUAUGAAGUGUUCACCUUGUCACAGUCCAGCCAAAGGCCCAACUGCUAUUGUCUGCGUUGUGUCUACAAUGAAAGAGGGCAGAGCCGAGCCCCACGUCACCAAGCAGACAAAUAG